UCUGGGGGCACACUUACUUGGGAGCGAGAGAACAGAUUCAUCUCUGAUGUCAGUGGGAUCUAUUUUUUUUCUUCUUCAAGACUUCGCCGUGGACUAUGUAUACUGAUGAACCAAUGCAAGGGACUUAGCUGCAGGAAAGAUUCAAUGUUGGCUUUCGAAUUGUUCGUUGGUGAACCAAAGACCUACGCUAUAGGAUAAAACAGCAUAGAAAUCAUCGGUGACCAGAAGACUACGUCAAUGAAUUAUCAGAGCUAUAUUCGACACAUUACUGUCGAGGCUCAUUAGUCUUAUUUCGAUGAUUGUGUCCCUUGCCAUUUCACUCGUGGUGUUAUUACCCUUGAGUUUGGAGCAAGGACCAGAGUUAAGGCCACAACUAAAUUUACAUUUUCUUGACCCAAACCCAAACGCUGACCCAGAGUCAUAUGACGUCGACAUUGAGACACAGUUAAACUACUUAUUCUACACACUCACUUGCAAAGCUUCUGACAAUGAAGUCAUCGUCCGAGUAACUCCCAGCGCCCAAACCACAGAAUUUGUUGACAAGGAUGUGCAGCUCGGAAGUACAAUGCCUGAUGUCCAAAGCUGCUUCCUUCAUGGUCAAGCUCCUAGUGUGAACUGUAGCAAGUUUGAAUACUGUGAAACCUCCAAUGUGUGCGACAUCUCUCUACUCUCUGCCUGCCUACCAGCAGAUGGCGCUUCUAGCUGGGAUAGGACGCAGUACAUUGACCUGGCCUUGACCCUCCGCCAGAAGCAGCUUUACGUUUUAAGGUGUUUAGCGCUGUGUGGGGAUAGACUUCCUUCUGGCGCAUCUUUAAGGCGCCUUGAUGACUUUGUAUUAAUAACAUUUGCGGUUGCCUUCACAUUUAAAACUUUUGGCAUUGGAGUUGUUCAAAGACAUUUGGAGUGGUGAUCUGGUAGAAACGUUUGAAAGACAUUUUGUAUGAAGUAGCAAUCAUGUAGUGUAUAUUUGUUAAUUAGUAACAAUGAUCAAAAUACUUAUUACAACGGUUUUAUAUACAUGCUUACGAUCAUUGGCGAAGCUAAUGUCGAAUGUAAAAAUGCAAGGGCUCCUAAGGAGGUCAAGCCCCCCGGGCCCACAAAUUCCUACGCCGCAACUUGUGGUAAUGUUAUUUAGGUUGCCUAACAAACCUGCAGAUACAGCCUACUACCUCAUCUUCUCCAAACCAGUUUUUAUUUUGUUUAUGAAUUGUGCAUCAUUGUCACAUUUUUUUAUUUUUUACUAGCCCUAUAAGAUCACUGCCUGGGUUGGUGUCCUCAUCGCUUGUCUAUGCUUAAAUUAUCGUUUUGUAUGUUAUUAUUAAGCAUUGCAUGUCAUUGAUGUGUCUGUUGGUCUUAAUAAGUUCUUUUUGUUCAUAAAUCUUAAAAGUUAUUUUAUUAUUUACGUACGAGUUGUUGAGUGGUUAAGCGCUUGGCUUUCGAACCGGAGGUCCAGGAUUCAAAUCCUGAUGUAGACUAAGAUUUUAAAUUUCAGGAUCUUUAGGGCGCCUCUGAAUCGACCCAACUCUACAUUAGUUGGGGAAAAGUAAAGGCGGUUGGUCGUUGUGCUGUCCACAUGACACCCUCUCUAACCGUCUGCCACAGAAACAGAUGACCUUCACAUUUUCUGCCCUAUAGAUUGCAAGGCCUGAAAGGGAAACUUUACUUACUUACAAGUAGUGUCUGUAGAUCAGUUACAAACUAUGUGUGUCUAGCUUUUUGCUUGUUGACCAAAUACUUCUCAUGAAUAUAAGCAUUGUGAUGGAGUGUGUGCGUGUGUGUGUGUGUUUCCAAGGUGACAGUGAGAAGUUAGCUAUUGGUUGUUGUCUAUGCAGUGAGGAUGAUGAAAUUAUAAUAGGCCCUGGCGUAUUGCAAUUGUGAAACGGCAGUCGACCCCAAGAUAUGAAACAGCAAAGAAGUUUUUUUUUUUUUUUUUGUAGUGAGUUGAAUUUUGUUAAAAUACCAUUUUAUAUUAUUACUACAUUAUUUAUAUCAUUUCAUCUCAAGUUGAAUUUGUCUAUAUUGUAAUAAAAGUUAUAUUUAGUUGUUUUUUUUAAAGAUGUUUGUUUAAGUUAUGUCAAGUUGUACAAUUAAAACUAUAAUACGCUCA